AUGUGGUCAGCGUUUCGAAGCCUCGUGUUCAUCGUGCUGUUGUUACACGUCGCCUCAUGCGCCUCGGAUCUCUUCACAGCAACCGAAGACAUGCAGGAAUCCAUAGGCACCGAGCACAUCGCGCUCGAAGACGGCCACUUGUACGUCUUGUUGCAAGACCGUAAGCUGGCCGCUGUCAGAAGCCACUACGAAGCAUUCAGGAUCACCAAGUCACUGAGACCCGGUCACAGCGCCAUAGCAACGUUCCUCUUCCACAGCAGACUCACCGAGUUCACCUCGUACGGUGCCCCGAGCGCAGCGUAUCUGUUUCUCGGAAGUCUUCCCAACGCUUUCCUAUCGCCUUCGUCUAGACAGUGGUGGCCCACAGACAGUGACGUCAUCGGAGCCUCUACCGGAAUAUGCAAACUGCAACACCUUUACGAUAUUCCCGUGGAUAAAAUGGCGGCCAUGAAGUCCAAAUUAUUGCCACCUGCAUCAACCGAAGAUUUCGCUUACGUGGCCAGGGGCUGUCCAAUGACUGGAAAGUUUGGAACCACCACUGCCUGGAGCCAGGCCGCGCUGGCUAAGACGUCGUCCAUUGCGGGUGCCCCUGUUCAGAGGCUUCGACUGGGUCUUGGAUGGUUGCAAACCAAUGACCAGCGCUGGCGGCCGUUGAAACGACGGGCAAAGUAUACAACGGCCGGCCAAGUCUAUCCUUCGCCGCCGGAGAUAGAUAUCGAUGAAUACAAGACCGUCUGUGUUCGAGAGGGAUUCCUGAGGCCGUCAGGCAGCACACUUCUAUGCAAAAUGUCCACGAACUUCGGAGACCCGCGCUUGAUUCUGCAACCACUCAAGCUAGAGGUUCUAUCGGAGAAGCCGCGCGUAGUGGUCAUCAGCGACUUCCUGUCUACAUCGGAAGUGAAUUACAUCAGAUCGGCAGCGCGCAGGGGAUUCGUACGUGCAGGCAUCUAUUCUCCAGAGAACGUUUCAGGGGUGGCAAGCUGGAAACGAAUCGGCAAGGUAUCUUGGCUCUGGGACUCGGACAGUAAUAGGCUGCAGCGCCUGUCUCAGCGCAUAGCCGUUGCGACUGGCUUGUCGCUAGAAUCUGCGGAGGCGUAUCAGGUGGCCAACUACGGCCUCGGCGGGCACUACACGCCCCACAUGGACGCCCAUCGGUUCGAUAAGGUGGCGGACCACGUGGACAUUGCGGACGGCAACCGACUCGCCACCGUGCUCAUGUACUUGUCCAACGUGGCCGCGGGAGGAGCCACGGCAUUCGUCAAUCUCGGCGUCGCCGUCAAACCCCGCGUCGGUGACGCCCUCUUCUGGUACGACGUGGAACCGUACGACGGAAGCGAGUUCCCCGAGCACAUGUCUUUCUGGCAUCAGAAAAGGCAAGCGGACCCGCUCACGACGCACGUCGGCUGUCCCGUGCUGUGGGGAUCCAAAUGGAUUGUCACCAAAUGGAUUCACGAGCGAAGCAACGUCGUGGUGGAGUACAACACGCCUGGAUGA